AUGGUUUCCACCAGUAAACUCAAAUCCGUGGACUUUUACAGAAAAAUCCCACGAGAUUUAACCGAGGCAUCGUUAUCAGGUGCUGGUUUGUCCAUCCUAGCUGCCUUUUUCAUGAUAUUCUUGUUUGGAAUGGAACUGAAUGAUUAUUUGGCAGUGGGCACCUCCACCACGAUUGUUGUGGACAAUAGUUCUGAUGGGGAGUUCUUGAGAAUCGACUUCAAUAUGAGUUUCCCAGCAUUAUCUUGUGAGUUUGCUUCUCUUGACGUGAGCGAUGCUUUGGGAACGAAUAGGUUGAAUGUAACAAAAACUAUCCGCAAGUAUGCGAUAGAUUCAAGAUUGAGGCCUACAGGAGCCGAGUUUGAUUCAGGGCCAAUCUCAGGUGCAGUCAAGCAUGAUGAGGAAGUUGACGAAGCACAUGGUGAAGGUUCUGUUUCUCUGAAUGGCCAUGUUUUUGAGAGAAUUUCACAUCAAUAUCCCAUUCUGGUCGUGAAUUUCUUUGCUCCAUGGUGUUACUGGAGCAACCGCCUGAAACCUGCUUGGGAGAAAGCAUCCACAAUCAUACGAGAAAGGUAUGACCCAGAAAUGGACGGGCGCAUUCUUAUGGCAAAGGUUGACUGCACUGAAGAAGUGGAUUUGUGCAGAAGGCAUCACAUACAGGGUUACCCAUCAAUUCGCAUCUUCCGCAAAGGAAGUGAUUUAAGGGAUGAUCAUGGGCAGCACGAGCAUGAAUCAUAUUAUGGGGAUCGUGAUACUGAGAGUCUGGUCGCGACAAUGGAAGACUUGGUGAAAUCUGUAUCUUUUGAAUCUCGAAAGCUUGCUUUGGAGGACAUAUCUGGCAAUGCGACUAAACGACCUGCACCAAAAGCGGGAGGGUGUAGAAUUGAAGGCUUUGUUCGUGUUAAGAAGGUUCCUGGGAAUCUUGUCAUUUCAGCUCGUUCAGCUUCCCAUUCCUUUGAUGUUUCUAAAAUGAACAUGUCACAUGUGAUUUCCCGAUUUUCCUUUGGGAAGUCAUUUACUCCAAAAGAGAGGAGAGAUGUCACGCGAUUGCUGCCUUAUCUUUUCAGAAGCUAUGACAAACUGAGUGGCCAUUCAUUCAUCUCCAACCCAAGUGAUUCUGAUGCAAAUGUCACCAUUGAGCAUUUUAUUCAAGUGGUUAAGACUGAGGUGAUGACACGGUCUUAUAAAAUCGCUGAAGAGUAUGAAUACACAGCACACAGUAGUCUGGCUCACAGUGUGUAUCUUCCUGUGGCUAAAUUCCACUUUGAGCUUUCGCCAAUGCAGGUCUUGAUAACAGAAAACUCGAAGUCUUUCACGCAUUUCAUCACCAAUGUAUGUGCUAUCAUUGGUGGUAUUUUCACGGUUGCUGGGAUAUUGGAUGGAAUUCUACACAAUACCAUGAGAAUGAUGAAGAAAGUUGAGCUGGGGAAAAACUGUUGA